CGUCCAGAGAGAGUAGUGCUUUCUUUUUAAUUAUUUAUCAGAUUUCACUGGUCGCUGUCGCCACUCCACUGGUAUGUAGCCGCGAGGCCAACGGGUUCGGACGUGGCCGCCGGAGUACGUGAGGACGGUUGCGGUGGUGCACACGCCGAGGGCCUUUCCUCUUUCGCCGCCUAGGAGCGGAGGUGACGCCGGCUUCGCGCAAAGCUGUGCCGCCUGCUAAAGUUGGUGGAGCGCGUCGGUGAAACGGAAGGCUCAUCUUCUCCGCGGGAGCUGCUCACCGCCGUUCUCGACUGAUCGUCGCUUUGUUCUUUCCCUCUGCGUCUGUGCUGUUGCGUCGGCCACGCAUCAGGUUAACGGUGUCGGGUUGUUGGGUGUCGUGCGAGCGAGCUAGUCGACACUCGGCCGCCGCCGUCACCGCUUCGUCGAGGCUGCGUGGCCGCACGCGUUGUCCGCCGACGCGUGCCCGACUCCAGUGGUCUCUGUGGCACUGACGCCGAUUCGGCCAUGGUCCGGCUCGAUAACGCGGCACUCGACGCGGCCAGCCUCAUACCGGUGUGGCAAAGAACUCGAGUUCGAGCUGGCCUAACGCGGCACCUGGUGUUCGCUAUAGCGGCGGCGGCUUUGGGCUCUGCCUUUCAACAUGGCUACAACACGGGCGUGGUCAACGCUCCGCAGAAGCUGGUUGAGGACUUCAUCGAAGACACGUACAAGCAUCGCUUUGAAGAGGAUCCCGGCGAGGGUACAGUCAAGUUCAUCUUCAGCAUCUUCGUGGCCAUCUUCUGCGUCGGAGGCAUGAUGGGCGGCCUGCUCACUGCCUUCGUCGCCGAGCGCUUCGGCCGCAGAGGAGGCCUGCUCCUCAACAACAUCAGCGUCUUGCUCGCUUCCAUACUCAUGGGGGCGUCUAAGUCUGCCCGCUCGUACGAGAUGCUAAUCCUGGGCCGGUUCUUCGUGGGCUUUAGUUCGGGCCUGAACGCGGGCCUGGCACCCAUGUACCUAACGGAAAUCUCGCCAUUGCACCUUCGCGGUGCUGUGGGCACCAUCUACCAGCUGGUGGUGACCAUCUCUAUCCUGGCCAGUCAGAUACUGGGUCUGCCCUCGGCGCUGGGCACAGCAGACAGGUGGCCCGCGCUGUUUGCCAUCACCAUUGUGCCCAGCGUGUUUAUGCUGGCCACGCUGCCGCUCUGUCCUGAGUCGCCCAAGUACAUUCUCAUCAACCAGGGCCGAGAUGUGGCCGCCCAACAGGCGCUCACCUGGCUACGGGGCACUAUCGAGGUGCACGAUGAGAUGGAUGAGAUGCGUGCCGAGUUCGAAGCUAUCAAGAUGGUCUCCAGGGUCACCCUGUAUGAGAUGAUGCACAACAUGACGCUACGGAUCCCUCUUCUUAUCUCUGUAAUGGUUAUGCUGUCCCAGCAGCUAUCGGGUAUCAACGCGGCCAUUUUCUUUUCUACCGACAUCUUCCGGUCGGCAGGCCUCAGCCCGGAAGUGGCGAUGCAGGCCACGCUGGGCAUGGGUGCCGUUAAUGUGCUCAUGACCAUCGUUUCGCUGGUGCUGAUUGAACGGGCGGGCCGCCGCACCUUACAUCUGGUCGGCCUCGGCGGCAUGGCUAUCAUCACGGUCAUUCUAACGAUCUGCCUGGCACUGAGCGAAAGCGUGCCGUGGCUGUCGUACGUGAGCAUUGUGGCCGUCAUCGGGUUCGUGGUCAUGUUUGCCACGGGUCCUGGCUCCAUCCCCUGGUUCCUGGUGGGCGAGCUCUUCGGACAGGGCGCGCGGCCGCUCGCCACUAGUAUCGCCGUGGCUGUCAACUGGAGCGCAAACUUCCUUGUGGGCCUCGCCUUUCUACCAUUAACGAGCGUGCUCCACCACUUCACGUUCCUCAUAUUCACGGCGUUGCUGGUGUUCUUCUGGAUCUUCACCUACUACAUGGUGCCCGAGACGAAGAACAAGAGCGUGGAAGAGAUCGCCGCGCUGUUCCGCCAGCGGGCCUACCACUGAGCUGCGGGUGGCUCCCCCUUGCGCAAUAGCGGCCGACAGAUGCGCGGUCAGAGGCACCACGAGAGGACCGCCGCAGUCGGACGCCACCGGCUUACUGCGGCCCGGCCCAUCCCCACCCACCCGUAGGGCAUACCGCGGCACCACCACCGAGCUCAGCCCCAGGCAUCAUCAGGCCGUCAUCGCCCGCUGGCAGCAAAUAAGGGCGCCACCACACACACAGUGCUUCUGGAACUCUCAGCGAAAUAGUUUUACCUCCUAUAGCGGUCUUACCCGUCAGCUCUUCAGACCCGUGUGUACGGCUUGACUGCAGACGGGUUCGAAGCCCCGUUGAUAUCCUGUGUCGUCGUGUUGUCUUCGGCUCCUGUGUGUCUCUGUCGGUUUUCGGAGAGUGCGUGCGGCCUCCACAGUCGCUGGAAGUCUGUGGAAGCGCGUGUCGUUUAAACCUGGUGCAGGCUCGUAAUAGGCCGCGUGGCAUAUCGUCCGGAGUUCUUAGAAUUUCCCACCCACUCCUCGCAACCCAACCCCAAUCUGGUCGGUUUACCUCUGCACGUCCGCCCUGAGCUUUUUUAAGCGAUCAAAGGCGUCUACCACAACCAGUGGCAACUCGGGGCGGACGUUUCGGCCCACACGGCUCGCAAAUGACGUGCACUGUGUGAGCGAAUGAUGAUAUAUAGGCGACUUCCAUCGAUUUUGGUCAGAUAACAGAGUGGUCCGAUGACAUGCACUUGUGAUAAUACUUGGACGACCUGCGACCGAUGCUACUUACUCACUGUAUGCAGCAGCAGCAGUCUGUGCGUGAGAGGGAACCGCCUUGGCUGCACCCGUCUGCGGUCUUCCUCCUGUACAAAACGUUGCCCAAUAGAGCGGUACAGUAAUAGAAACCCUCCCCGCGUAGGCUCAGUCACAUCCUCCGACUGUAUGUUGCGUGUCUCCUCAGCGCGAGCAAAGUGGCAUCUGCGCUCCCUGCCGGCCUCCUUCAAUGCUGCGCGUAGUCGAGGGUGACCCCGGGGUUCGUGCGUGUGCCAAUCAUCUCUAGCACAACAAGCUGCUACACCGACGAUAGUGGUCGCAAGGAACCCACAGCACUUCCGAGCCUAUAAACCAAGAAGCAGCUGGCUGUUCAGUUACACAGGGCAGUGGAACAGCAAGUUGGUUCGAAUGUGUGUGGCGGUGGGUCGAGUCCGCCCGCGCGUUUUAUUCUAAUUUUAGUGAUACAACACACGUAUUCAUCUCUUUCUAAGCGGAAUUCGCAACUGAUUAUUUAUUUUAUUGUCUUGCAGUGUGUUGCGCCCUAUAACUUGAAGGCUUGCGAUGCUGAGGACCCGAGAAUAUGCAUGGAAUGCAAAUUCUGGGACCCGUGGCUGCUUCUGUGAUGUGUAGUUAAUGUGCCCACCGACCCUGUCGCGUCGAUCUUGCCAUGGAGUUUUAUGCGUACAUUGGAAGAGGAAAAUGUGGUGCUUGAGUCUGCAGGAGUCGGCAGUGUGGUGGUUCAACCAACAUGGGAAUGAGUGGUAGUUCGUGAAUUUUUGUUGUGCUGCAUCAGGCGGGUAUUGAACGCCCUCAUGCAUUGUGUCUUCUCGUGAUAGUCUUUUCAAGACUUUGUCAUCUCGAAUUUUUCGAGGGCAGUGGUUAAACUGAGUGGCUAUCAUUCGCCAUCUUUCGAAGUAUUGUACAGAAUAAAUCACUUAAAAUACAUAUUAAAAUAAGUUACUUUUUUGGGGAGCAAAGAUACCUGACGUGAUAACAUUAUAAAGUGUUCCCUUCAAUGCUCUCUACCGCUCACGAGGUACCGAUUGCCCGAACUCUUUUUCCACACCGAGCACUUCUUAAACAACUUGACGGCACCUCCUUUGCUUUCGCUGUCAUUCAAAUCAGUCAAGCAGCCUGAUAGCUUCCGUUGUCAAAUGAUCGAUAUCUGCGAGGCAUGAAGCCAUUGCAAUUUUCGCCGUACCGUCCAUACACUCGCCAUGUGCAAAGCUUUUAUGUAGAAGGCAGGGCGAUGGUACUUUGCGAAUUACUUGGUGCCGCCUAUUCUCUUUUUGAACAGGUCUGCCUCUUUCCUGUAUGCGUUUCACGGUCCAUCGAUACAUGGAGAACAGCUGUCAUAUACACAUAUUUCCUUGAUGGUUGAGCUUUUACGGCGCCACGCUGCCUUGUAACUUUUGCAUGAAACUCUAUGGCCCACGUGUAUUGGGCCGGUGGCCCCGGGGUCACCCUACACCCGCCGCCGGGCCGAAUGCGAUGCAGGGCGACUGCAGUUCCCGCUGGACGGUGCAGUUAGCCUGCCGGUAAUCAAGCGGCAGCUAUGUAUUUUAUCUUGACACUCUUUUAGGCGCCGCUACCUUGUACAUAGAGGAUGGCAUUUAUUUUUGUGCAUAUAGGGCAGCUAACAAUAUGAGGAGAGCUUAGCAGCAGAGGUGUCCCUCCGCGGAGGCCACAGUGCGUGUUCCACAGGAGUGACCACUAUAGUUGUACAUACUUUGCGGUAAUAAACAGAUUGUGCACUGUCUCGAAA